AACAAAGACUUCAGGAAAAUUAAAAUAAGCAGGUGAGUCGUGAGUAGUUGAGGAGUAACGAGUAAAGACGUGUAAAGAAAGCGUAUUCACAUUUCCAGAGCCGCGUUUCCAAUUUUCAAGAUUCAUGUGACUAUAUUUAAUCACCUAAUAAUCUUCAAAGCAGAGGAUAUAAUAAAGGCUUUAGAAGACCAUUCUUGGAGUAAGCUCUUUGUUCUUUCUGCAUCUUGGUAAAGGGUUUCUGAUUCUCUCUGCACCAAUAAAAGUCAUGGCUUCCUCUGCGGCUCUUAGCAAGAAGCAGUUUAAGAGAUCAAUGACCAAGAAAUCACACUCAUGGUGGUGGGACAGUCACAAUUGUCCCAAGAACUCAAAAUGGCUUGCAGAGAAUCUAGAGAAGAUGGAUGACCGUGUGAACCACAUGUUAAAGCUAAUUGAAGAAGACGCAGACUCUUUUGCCAAGAAAGCUCAGAUGUAUUACCAGAAGCGUCCCGAGCUAAUCCACCUCGUCGAGGAGUUUUACCGCAUGUAUCGUGCAUUGGCUGAGCGUUAUGAUCAAGCUAGUGGUGAACUUCAGAAAAACGUUUCCUCUGGGAUCCAGUCACAGGGCUCUCUCGAGCAAUCAUCUCCUACCUCCCAAGAAAAGUCAAAGGAAGAGGAAGACUCAUCAUCUUUGACUGAUGAUUCUGAUUCUGAUUCUAAGUCGGUACCUGAUGAUGAAGAUGGUGACGAGGCAUUGAUCCGUAGGAUGGCUGAUCUAGAGCUUGAGCUACAAGAAACGAAACAGAAGCUCCUUCUCCAGCAAGAAAAUGUUAACAACAACAGUACUGAUCUCCUUCACAAGAUUACUGUAUAUGAAGGAGAGCUUAGUGAAGCUAAUGAAAAGAUUCGUUUGCAUGAAGAAGAGAUUGCUAAUCUGAAGAUUGAGCUUCAGAGCUGCAUGUCCUCUGGCACUGAUGCUCAGGUUGAUUUGGAUAAAGAGGAAACUGAAGAUGAUGCAGCAGCAGCUAUAAAAUUUCAGGCCUUAGAGGAAGAGCUGAGUUCCGUGGAAGAGAAGCUUCAGGGCUUUGAGAAAGAGGUUUCUUGUCUGAGAAGCGAGCUUGAGAUCAGUAAAGCUGCAGAGGAGAAGCUUCAGGGCUUGCUUGAUUUGGCUCAAAAGGAAGCUGAUGCUCACAGAAACAAGGUCAAUGCUGAGAAGAAAGAAGUGUUGAGGUUGCAAAAGAGGAUGGUAAUGGUGGAAACCAGUUUACAGGAGAGAGAUAACGAGAUAAGGGAACUGAAAGGUGCAGUCUCUGACACUGAAGAGAAGAUAACCACGGUGAAAGCACAUAUGAAGGGAGAAAUGUCAAAGCUACUUGAAGAACGCAGCCAACUUGAAGAGAAACUGAGAGAGAUGGAAUCACAUAUAAGGCUGAUCACGGAAGAGAAAGCUGAAAUGGAGGAGAAGUUUAGAGGAGAAUCCGAGAAGAUAAGUGUAAUGAGAGAUGAGAGUGAUGUGCUAAGAGAAGAGAGUGGGAAGAAAGAAGAGAAGAUAAAGGAAAUGGAAAAGCAUAUGAAGGAGCUUCACAUGGAGCAAGUGAGGCUGAGAAGACGAUCUAGUGAGCUUUCAGAGGAAGUGGAGAAGACAAGAGUGGCUGUAUCAGAAGUGGCUGAUCAGAAAAGAGAAGCGAUAAGACAAUUGUGUGUGUCUCUUGACUAUUACAAAGAUGGGUAUGAGAGGCUUUGGAAGGCUGUUGCAGGACCUAAGAGAAGAGUGGUCUUAGCUUAAUUAAUAUAAGAGUAGUGCAAGGACAAUAACUAUGUGUGUUCUUUUGAACUUAAAAUGUUUGUUUUAAGGGCUACUUGUUGAAAUAAGGCUGAAAAUGAAUAAUGUAUGUUGAUAUUAGUAUAUAUGAAUGGUAAUUUUAUCUCACA